AAGUUCAUUAGGGUCCAAAUUCAACACCUAACCAGACGUGAAGGUCCAAUAUGUACAUUUAGCCUUGUUUUUACCUUUUCUAACCUCUGUUUUACUUUUACCGAGUAGGUACAAUUGAAAAUUAGAGUUGGCGCCUUGGCUUCCCUCCUUUAUAAAUCCAAAUUCCAAAUUGAGUUUCUAGUUUGUUCAAAAUUGAACUCUGAUAAAAAAAAAAAAAAUCUCAUCUUAUCCGUUCCAAUAGCUAUUCGCCAUGCCUGAAUCAGUAUCAAGGAAGCGAAAAACCUUCGUUAAUUCUUCCGCUGCGGCCAGUCGAGACCAAUCAGGAGAUGACGUGUGGUCAAGGCCAAACUGGCCACCACGCUUGGAGAAGGUAUUUGUAGAAUUGCUGAUGGAUGAGAUGAAUAUCUAUGUAGAUGUAUGUGCUACUGGUUUUAAUGAGAAAGCAUGGGAUCAUGUGACUCAAGAAUUUAACAAGGAGACAGGUCUCCAUUAUGAUAAGAUGGAACUGAAGAAACACCUUGCUCUUUUGAAGAAACGAUAUCGAAUUGUUAAGCCAUUGUAUGAUCACGGUGGUUUCGGUUGGGAUUAUCGUCGAAAGAUGGUUGAUGUUGAUGAUGAUGUCUGGAAAGAAUACAUUGAGGUUCAUCCUCAGAUUAAGCCUUAUAGGAAAUGGGGAUGUCCAAUUUAUGAAGAGCUAUGCACUUUAUUUACAAAGCCAAUAGCAACUGGAGAGUAUGCCAUGUCUCCUGCUGAAUACGGUUUAUACAGUAGCAGUACUAACUCGCGCUCUCAGGCUAAUGUGAACGGACGCAACAAUGCCCAGUCGGCAGGGCACUCAAGUUCAGGUCCGAACAAGAGAAAUGCUAAAGGAGCUACGACGCCAGGAGAAAGUGCAUUACCUGUACAAUUUCUAUCCUACUGCUGAUUCUCACUAUAAGCAUUGUGGACCUCCCUCAGCUGAUUCACUCACCUGUAUAGCUGGCUUUCUAUUUUAGCCAUUCACGUGACAAUUCUGUUUUCUUGGAUCCGUUGCAGUCAUCAGCAAUUCUUCCAGCUGUCCU